AUGCGUCCCUCCAGCAUCAUCACUUUCCUCUCGUUGGCGGUUCUGCCUGUUGCGCUGGCUAGUCCAAUCAAUAACCAGGACUCAUCCAUCGCCAAACGCUGCUGCAUCCUCUGCGACAAUCCCUAUGCGCGAUGCGGAGCGAACGAUAAGCGUGAAGCCGUCCAGACAGAGGAGGAAGUGUUUCAGGGACCGGAGAAGCGGUGCUGUGUUAAUUGCGAUGUGAAUCGGUGUGGAAAUUAG